AUGGCUUCGACUCUGACAGACACAAAAACGGACUCUGUACCCUCUGCUACGCCCAGCGCGCAGGCCACCCCAGUUCCUGCGGGCGAUAUGCCUUCCAUCCCCUCCCAGAUAGUCUGGAUGCCGAAUCCCGACACCUCGAUUUUGGCGCAACUCAUAGCCUCUGAGGCAAGGUACCAGAGAACCAAUCAAGUGCUCUUCGGGACAAACGUCACCAUACUUCUCAUGGCGGCAUUGUUCGUCGCGUACCGCGGGUUCAAGAAAGCUAAAUCGCGCACCGCCAGUGCGAAGUCAGCCACCGGCGAAUCGUGGGGUUAUAACGAUCUGCGUCCUGCCGUUGGCGCACGGGUGGCGGACGAUAGGUUGCACACCGCCGCCUGGGUGGCCCACGACGCGUCGCCCAGGAGCCCCGGCAUUGGCUGGGUAUCCGAAGAAACCCUGACGUCUCCCAGUUCGAUGACGUCGCGCAUUCCGCUUCGCGGGCAACAUUCUCCAAAGUGGGGUCCCGGGUUCUUCGCCAGCGCCAGAUGGGCUUGGCGCACACGGGGCGGGCGACGCUCUACGGCAGGUUCUGAAGGGCACAGAACAUUGCCGACGUUGGGUGGACUGUCACAUAGCAUCAGCAAUCGCUGGUACAGGUUUCUAGAUCAAGGGCGGGGCGCGUUUGCCAGCGUUUUCGCGUUUCCAGCAAAGAACUCUACUGCUCCGCAUGACAGUAGCAGUAACACCGGCGCCGACCGAAGGGCACGAGAGCGAAGCCUGCCUAUACCCAAUUCCGCACGCACCACCACAUUCUCGACGAACAGCUCCGUCCCGACGCUCCCUCCCUACCGGCAGUCUCUCGAAAGCACCGACGGGAGCAUGUCGCCGACGCCAAGCAGCCCCUCGGCGUGCUGCCACGAUCGGCGGCUGCGCGAAUCGACGUUCCCGCCUAUGCCUGCGCUGCCCGACAUCAGCGCGAUAGCUGCACUGGCGCUGCCGCCUCCGCUGCGUGCCGCGGGAGGGGGGGAGACGGCGGCAGUGGGCUUUCCCCACCCCCACGGUGAUAGCCGCAGGCCUCGAGCGCGCGAACGAAGUCUGCCGGCGCUGCCACGCCUGUCUAUAACCCCCGUUUCGAGUGACAUCUCUGUCUCUGCAGAAUGA